GCUGUGUAGAUUUUUUCACUCCGGUUUUCAAUACCGGGGCAUUUGAUAUAAGAAGAGAAGGGCGGGCUGCGUCAGGCCGGGGCUCGCCAGCAACCUCACGCACAUCUCCCGGUCGCCAUUGGAAUCGAGUCGCAGCUGGAAUCGUUGAUUCUCCCUCAGCCCGCCAUGGUCCACGCCUUGACAGUCGCCCAGGUGGAGCAGGCGGCGUUCCACAUCAUCCGGCUCAUCAGAAACACGCGCGGGUUGGAAAACACGCGGCUCGCGGUCAUUGGCGACCUGGCAGUCUGCAAGCACUUGCCCCAAUACGACAUACGGCGCAUCACGAGCAUCGACUUGAUUGUGAGCAAGUCGUCGUCGCCCGGACGCGUGAAGAAGGAGAUUGUUGGCCAUCCCAUGAGCCCGCUGGUCGAGAAGUCGGGAACUGUCUUCUACCGACACACCAGCGGCUGGGAGAUGGAGGUGAAGCUCAUCCCCGACUGGCUGUGUCCGUACCUCCCUGACUCCGCUCAGCCGGUGCGCGACGACAUCGACACGCUGCCGUACCUGUCGCGGGAAGACUUGUUCGUCUUUACCGUCGACGCAUGCAGUCUCCACGACAGCACGGCCAACAAGAAGCGGGAGGCGUGCGAUGCCGCGGCGCUUCUCGAGUUUGCCUCGGAGCACUUUCCCCUGACGCUGGACGAGGACAAGAUGGACAGAGUCGAGCAAGCUCUCGCCGACGUCGUCGAGUUUUCUCCUCCCGAGUGCGACAAGAGCUGGUGGCAGCGACGUCUGGGCCAACACCCCGACAAGCAGAGGUCGGCCCAGGAAAUCUUCGCCGACCUUUCGGACAAUCCGUCUCCCACGCCUUCGUCGCCUGCGUCGCCCAUCUCGCUCAGCGGCUACUCCUCCGUGUCGCGAUCCUCGUCUUACAUGAGCGCCACGUCUGCGCACUCGACUUCAUCGUCCAUCUCGUCCAUUCUCACCGCUGACGAGAAGCCGGAUAAGCACGUGCGGCCGCGCAAGAUGAGCAUCACGGGGAAGCCAUCGCGGCACAAGAGACACACGUCGACAUCGACCGGCGGAGCUGUCACGAUGACCACACUCGCUGCCACCAUGAAGCGCCUGGAGCUGGAACGGCCAGCGUCGCCUGGCAUGGCUUUGACAAACAUUAGUUAAUUUUUCCUUUGUAUCAAAAUGGGGAGAGGACAGCGGCUUGUUAUUCCGGACGGUUACUGCUUGGGCUCGGGCUCAUAGUCAGUGUGUAAACUAGUAGAUAGAUACCCAUGCUGCGAAGGAGCAGAGAUGUAGGAUUUGUUAGACCAGUUUUGAAGAUUAGACUAGAGCAAUUUCAAGAUACCCUUUUUAUCGUC